AAGCAAACUCAGAGCUAGUGAGGCGGCCAUGGAGGGCUCCUCCUUUGUCCAGCACAGCGUGCGCGUCCUGCACGGCCUCAACCAGCAGCGACAGAGCGGCCAGUGCUGCGACGCCACGCUGGCCCUGGGCCCCCACAUCUUCCGGGCCCACUGGAGUGUCCUGGCCUGCUGCAGCCCCUUCUUCCGGAGCCUCUGCAACACUGGAGGCAGCACUUCCAGCACCGUCACCCUUCCGGAGGCCUUCGCGGGAGCCUUUGCCCUCCUCCUGGAUUUCUUCUACACGGGGCACUUGGGGGUCACCCCGGAGAACCGAGAGGGGCUCCUGCAGGCCGCCAAGGAGCUCUGUGUCCCCGAAGCUGUUCGCUUGUGCCAGGAGUCCGGGCCGGAGGAGGAGGCGGAAGAGGGCACCCUUGAUAGAGAGGCAGCCCCCAAAGAGGACACUGUGGCCCCCCAACUCCAAGGGGAGCAAGCGGGGAGCCCCUGCGUCCUUCAGGAAGAGUUGGAUCCCCAAGCAGACAAAGCCAAGGGGCAAGAAGGACCGCUGGAAAGUCAAAACACCGAAAUGGAUGCCAGGCAGGAGCAGGAAACGCAGGAAGAGGCUCCGGGUUCACGUGAUAGAAGAGAGGGAAGCGAAAGAGGGACGGAGGCGGCGGACGAGGGCGAUGCUCCCAGGAGUAGGGGCACGACGAGGCCCAAACGGAAGUCCUCGAAAGUCACUGGGAACCUCCAUGUUUUGGAAGCUGCGGAGCUUGGAAACCGCCGGGGUGGUGGUGAGCCAGUUGAGUGCCCCACCUGCCACAAGUCCUUCCUCAGCAAGUACUACCUCAAAGUCCACAACCGGAAACACACUGGCGAGAAGCCCUUUGAGUGCUCCAAGUGUGGGAAGUGCUACUUCCGGAAGGAGAACCUGCUGGAGCAUGAAGCCCGGAACUGCAUGAGUCGCUCGGAGCAGGUAUUCGCCUGCUCGGUCUGUCAGGAGGCCUUCAAGAGGCGGGUGGAGCUGCGGCUGCACAUGGUCGGCCACACCGGAGAGAUGCCCUACAAGUGCUCUUCUUGCAUCCAGCAGUUCAUGCAGAAGAAGGACCUGCAGAGCCACUUGAUCAAGCUCCACGGGGCCCCCAAACCUCAUGCGUGCUCUUCCUGCGCCAAGUGCUUCCUCUCGCGGACGGAGCUGCACCUGCACGAGGCCUUCAAGCACCGCGGGGAGAAGCUCUUUGUCUGCGAGGAGUGCGGCCACCGGGCCUCCAGCCGCAACGGCCUGCAGAUGCACAUCAAGGCCAAGCACAGGAACGAGCGGCCGUACGUCUGCGAGUUCUGCCAGCACGCCUUCACUCAGAAGGCCAACCUCAACAUGCACCUCCGGACUCACACCGGGGAGAAGCCCUUCCAGUGCCACCUCUGUGGCAAGACCUUCCGCACCCAAGCCAGCUUGGAUAAGCACCACCGGACGCACACAGGGGAGCGGCCCUUCAGCUGCGAGUUCUGUUCCCAGCGCUUCACGGAGCGGGGCCCGCUGCUGCGCCACGUGGCCAGUCGGCACCAGGAAGGCCGGCCCCACUUCUGCCAGAUCUGCGGGAAAACCUUCAAGGCGGUGGAGCAGCUCCGUGUCCACAUCCGGAGGCACAAAGGUGUGAGGAAAUUCGAAUGCACCGAGUGUGGCUACAAGUUCACCCGACAGGCCCACCUGCGGCGCCACAUGGAGAUCCACGACCGGGUGGAGAACUACAACCCCCGGCAGAGGAAGCUGCGCAACCUGGUCAUCGAAGACGAGAAAGCUGUGGCGGUGGCCCUGCAGCCCCUCGAAGGCGAGGAGGAGGAGGAAGGGGAGGAAGAGGAAGCGGGCUCCUCCUCCGCCACCGAGGUCAUGGUGGAGCCGCUUCCGGGACAGAUCACGCCAGAAGAGGACUGCAAGACGUAGCACUCGGCCCCCGUGUAGAGCCCCCUCCCCAAAUUAAAAAAAAGACCCAUUAA